AUGAGACUUAUUAGUAUCUACUCAAUUUCAAUGAAGCCUACAAUCAUCGCGUGCACUUCUAUAUUUAUUUUUGAAGCUAUCGUCAAGCACAGAAAUUUUCUGCUUAUUUUAGAACAUUUUAGUUCAGAGCAUAUGAUAAGACUCGUUUUACUUGAAAGAAGAGUUCAGAGGCAAAUGGUCAAUGAUAGAAUGUUUGAUAUAUCUACAACAACUCACUCCAAUGAUGUUGAACAUAAAAUUUAA